CAGCCUUCUCCCCCUUACCCCUCUCCACACGGCGUCGCCCCCUCCCAUUUCGCCGGCAUCGACGAUGAACGGCGGCGGCGGGCGGCGGCGGUACUCCUCGGAGCAGCUCCUCUUCGACGUUCCGUCCAAUGCCGGUGCCGGCCGGUGGGCACAGCAGUCCGGUGGAGUGCGGCGCGGGGACGGAGAGAUCUUCGUGUCGGUGGAGCCAGCAACGCCGGCGCGGCUGCGCGGAGGGGACGCCGCGGCUGGGGACUCGCCGGGACAGAGGCAGCAGCUCAGUCCCGGGUUGCUCGAUCUCCAUGCUUUCGACACGGAGCUAAUCCCGGAUUUUCAAGUACCAGGGAUGUAUGAUGGUGCCCAAAAGUUUGGCUAUGGAGGAGGUCUAGAUGAAUCUGAUAUGAGAUUCACAGCAAACAAGCUGAUGAGCAAGUCUGCUGUUUUUCCUGAUGGUAACUACCUGAAGGCCUUCACAGAGAAAGAGAAGGCAGCACCUGUCGCGAAAAUCAAAGUGGUGGUGCGCAAAAGACCACUUAACAAGAAGGAAGUAUCAAAGAAGGAAGAAGAUAUCAUAGACAUUGAACAAAGAUCAAACUCUUUGACUGUACAUGAGACUAAACUUAAGGUUGAUCUUACUGAAUAUGUCGAAAAGCAUGAGUUUGUAUUCGAUGCCGUCUUAGAUGAAGAUGUUUCAAAUGAUGAGGUUUAUCGUGAAACAGUGGAGCCUGUGGUUCCUUCAAUUUUUAAUCGAACAAAGGCAACUUGUUUUGCUUAUGGGCAAACUGGCAGUGGAAAGACAUAUACCAUGCGUCCCCUUCCUCUUAAGGCUUCCCAAGAUAUCUUGAGGUUAAUGCACCAUGCAUAUCGAAAUCAAGGAUUUCAAUUGCAUGUUAGCUUCUUUGAGAUAUAUGGUGGCAAAUUAUUUGACCUUCUCAAUGAUAGGAGCAAACUUUGCAUGAGAGAGGAUGCAAAGCAAAAGGUUUGUAUUGUUGGUUUGCAAGAGUAUAGAGUGUCCGAUGUAGAGACUAUCAAGGAGUUGAUUGAAAAAGGCAGUGCUACCAGAAGUACUGGCACAACCGGUGCAAAUGAAGAGUCCUCAAGGUCUCAUGCCAUUCUUCAGCUUGCUAUUAAACGCCGUGUGGAUGGCAAUGACUCCAAACCACCCAGACCUGUUGGCAAGCUGUCAUUUAUUGACCUUGCUGGCAGCGAGCGUGGUGCUGAUACAUCUGACAAUGAUAAACAAACAAGAAUUGAGGGUGCUGAGAUCAAUAAAAGUUUGCUUGCUUUAAAGGAAUGCAUUAGAGCACUUGAUAACGAUCAGACUCACAUUCCUUUCCGAGGUAGCAAAUUAACUGAAGUCCUGCGUGACUCAUUCAUUGGAGACUCACGCACUGUCAUGAUAUCAUGCAUUUCUCCUAGUUCUGGCUCUUGUGAGCAUACUCUGAACACAUUGAGAUAUGCAGACAGAGUGAAGAGUUUGUCAAAGGGAAGCAAUGCCAAGAAAGAUGUGUCUUUGGCAGUGCCUUUAAGAGAGUCGAGCCCUUCCCCACUGCCUUCAGUUGUACCCUCAUUCUCUGCAUCUGAGGUGAUGAAUGAUAUCACCGAGAGAAACAAUUUUGGUUGGCCCAAGCAGCAGUAUGUUAAAGAACGGCCUGCUCCGACAUUUGUUGAACGAAUGCCCAAAGUGAAGGAUGCCGUGGAGUUCGCAACAUCAGACGGUGCUUAUUUGAAGGGACAAAGAAGCCAGGGCUGUAUGGCACCAAAUAUAGCUGAAAUACCGGAUACAAUGUACCAGCAGAGAAGGCAACCAGCAAGGAAGGCUAAAGAUACCGCUUUGCGGAAUAAUAUGAGAAAUUCCGUUGCUUACCCAACUAGAAGUGUUGAGCCAGACGAAGAUGAUCAUCUGAAUAAUCUUCUCCAGGAAGAGGAAGGCUUGGUUAGUGCUCAUAGGGAGCAGGUUGAAGCGACUCUGGACAUCCUCAAAGAGGAAAUGAACAUAUUAGGCGAAGCGGAUCAGCCUGGCUUCCAACUUGACGACUACAACAUUACGAGACUAAGCAGUAUACUCUCGCAGAAGGCGGCUGGGAUUGUGGACCUACAGGCUCGGUUGGAGCAGUUCCAGAGGCUUUUGGAUGAGAACAAUGUGCUGCUAUAUGCUCAGAGCCCCCGGUUGUAGUUCCAUCUGUUGCCUUCAUGGCACCGUAAAAGGUGGGCAUCGGUGGCUUCUACCAGCGCCUCAGGUGGCAUCAUAUGCGGUAUCGGCAUGUCGCUGUGGCCAUGACCCAUGAUGCUGCAAUUUGUUUUUAACCCAUAGGUGCCGGUGAAACGCAAACUAGAUGGCUAGUUCACAGCCUGUUGCCAUGGUUCUUUGGCAUGGCCGGCCCCGCAACCUAUUUUGUACUAGAGUUGCUCCAUUCUUGUCUUUCCGCGCUCCAUCCUUAAUCCAAUGUGUAUAUCUUGUAUUUGUCCGUGUCACAUGAGUGCUCUGUUAUUUGUAGCUCAACAAAUACAUUUUUUUACCUUUCUGAUGUAUGAAGUUUUCCAGAGUGUACGGUAUC